GGCGAAUACAGAACUGUAUAGUUGUACAGUUUCCACAGAACAGUUACUUUAUUACUUAUUACAUAGGUCCAUAUCAGUAAAAAAAAAAAAAAGUAUAUAUACAUUUAAAUAUAUAUUAUAUACAUUUACAAGCACCUUUCUAAAACUGUAACUGAGCGUUGUGAACUAGUAAAUGCCACAGAGAGCGAUGUUUAUUUAGAGUUUUCAUUGCUUUUAUAGAUAUUUCUUUCUAAAUUGGCAUUAUGAUCGAAUUAGGUGUCGAGAGAGAGCUCGAGAGAGAGAGAGCUCUGAGUGAUACAUAGAUGAGCAACUUCUGAAGCGGCGCUACUUUUUGUCUUCUUCUAAUUAUUGUUUUUAGUGGGCGGGGGCAAUUUCCAUUAUGUCAAUGCGGGUUUGAUUUUCAAAGCAUACUGUGACUACAAGUCAUUCACAGCAACAAAGCAAGUUUCUACAGGAGCGUCUGCACGCCAAACAUGAAAUGUCUUCAGCUUCUUCUUCUGCCCCUCAUCCUCCAGAACCACAAGGUCCACAUGAACAAAGUCGAGAGGAACCAGGACUGUGAUUGGAGAUGUUCUGAGGGUCUGCAGUGUAAAUCCAGAGCUUACUCUCCACUGUCAGCGUUUCGCUGCAGAGAUCAGCCUUUUAACAGCGCCGUGUUCAGUAAUGUGACAUUGUCUACUGUUUUGGCAUGUGAGGAGAGGAAAUGUUCACUCCAGCUCAGAAUUGCAACAUCAGUUAAUGUUACUGGUGAUAUCCGUGGAGUUUUAGUGUGUGCCGAUUCUGCAGGGAUGAUAGGACAUUGCCAGAUGUAUACCUUUGGCAGAGUUGGCAGAGAAAACGCCACAGGAAAACAGGUUGAUGUGCAGUUUAAGUGUGUUCCUGUUAGACCUGGACAGCAUAUGUUUGUGACUCUCAAAACGAUUCCCAACUACUGUAAGGCCAUGUGGUCACAAAGACACCUUGUUCCCGAAUGCCGUCAUGAAGGUAUCAGAGACACAAUUGCUGAGUGCAUCACUGGGAAACUGGCAUACACUGUAGAUAAAGACAGGAAUACAUUAACAGUGAAAGUGAAUGAUGCUCCUGAGGACACAGAUUACAAUCUCAGGCUCUGUCGUAAACGCAGUAUUAUCUGUGCAGGGGAAGGGCCACACAGAACGAUAAAAUCACAGCAUCUACAGAGAAGCAUAACGCUUCAGUAUUCCAAAGCUUUACCCUGUUUGUGCAUUGAGGGUUGGCCUGUUAAAGUAGAUGCUCGAAGAGUUCAAGUGUGUCCAUUCAAAAACAAUUUAGAAGAACUGUGGUCUGGGAUAACCUAUGACCUCUAUAAGGAGGAGCUGAUAUGGGAGCCACUGUGUCCUGUCAAAGUCUCAGUUUCUCUAUGCCAUGUAGAUGGAGGAAAAGGCUGCCGAGACCUCGGAGAUGUUUUUCAUUCAGAGGGGCAAAAAGUGAUAUUCUCUUCUGUGGAUCCACACCCUACACUUUGCACGAAGUUCACCACUGAAGCAGGGACAUGGAUUAAAUGUCCUUUUGCCAAAGGAAAUUUCUCAGUCUGGACAGCAAAGAUGACAUCCAAAAAUGGUCAGCAGUGGGCAGAGAUAUCAACAUGGGUCAAAGCCAACUUCUCAGUUUCAGUCUGUGAGAUGAAACCGUCCUCUCAGUGCAAACAAAUCGAGGGGAACAAGUCCCAAACUCUUUCUGUGGACAAAAUGAAGCGCACAGUUUUCAACUUGUCUAAAAAUGCAUGUGAAGUGUGUGCUUGCAUCCAGGUCCAGAGGGUAGAUGUGCACUUUUCAGUCCCUGUACUUCAGUGCGACUUGCAGUGUUUAAAUUGGUGCCGUGACCCGGAGAGAAGUCAAGUUCAGGACAUUGAGAAGAUCUUACUGCCUGCUGUCAUUUUUCUGACAGUGAUCCUUGCAGCUGCCUUGUUUAGUAGAUUGACAAUCAAAGAUGGGGAUGAGAAGAGAAAAGCAUGGAUGAAACUCUCAUGUCAGGGAACGAAUCAGUGACGCAUUUCUGCGCAGCAAGUGAGGAUGUGGAUUGUGGGACAGUUCUCAAUAAAGCAUACAUGUCUUAAAGGAUUAGUUCACUUUCAAAUUAAAAUUUCCUGAUAAUUUAUUCA